GUAAACACUAACACAGAAAUUCUUCCAGUCAGAACUAUAUAUAUAACAAUUCACGUGGUCUACUCAUAGGUCGCAUGGCUUCUAGGGGCGCUAGUAAAGGCCGCUGUGACAAUUUGCUUCUAUUUUUUUUUGUUUCAUGUGGCCACAAGUUAAUGUGCGCCACUUAUACUAUUCACAGACAUGCUUGUAGAGAAGAUGUUCUAGACUUAACAAAGGCCCGAGUUGCUGCUAACGCUGUGGGGCUUUUUUCAUACGUGGGGAGCAGAAAACGUGAGAGAAACACGACGAGACUGUCAUAUGAUGUACUGAGGCUGGAGAUUACCGUCAUGGUCAUCACCACUGGAUGCAUAGUUACUUGCGAUGCAUUCCUUGUUAAUGACUUUGUUAUAACUUUGGUCACUGAGGUGUGUGAUUUUCUCGGAUGCUCGACGUUGCUCGAUGGCUCCUCAACAGCUCGUAGGCCGUUUUCGUGUUGAUUUGGUGAGAAAGCAACCCAGUAGUGUAAGAGAGGU